GUGAGAGCGGGCGUCGGGAAAGCACGCUCCCGCCCGCCCAAGGCGCAACCUUUGCCUCGCGAUUUUUAUUACUUUAGAACGUGGAAAACCCAAGCUCACUUCGCUUCGAUUCGCAACCACUGUUUCUCAAAACAGCUAAAAAGACGAGACCUAUUCCAUACACAAUGGUAGUCGUGUCUGUUAGUCCUGUAAAGAUGUUUUAGUUUUAAUAGAAUUAUAACAAAAUGAUUGUUCAGUGACUGCUAAUGAUGGAUAAAGACUCGAAAAGAUUGCAGACCAACAACUUCGAUUAUUGCAAUAGCGAUGAAAGAGAUGCGGUGUGAUGUAUGGUAACGCGAGCGCAGCGGCGGCGGGAGUGCGGGGGGCGGCGGGCGAGGACACGCACGCGCUCGCCGCCCUCCUCGCACUCUACAUACUCGUCUCAGUCAUAGGUAUCAUUGGUAACGUGAGUUUGAUGGCGGCGCUGGCGUCGGGUGGAGCGUCACGGCUCCGUACGCCGCAGCUGCUCAGCGCGUGCGCAGCUGACCUGCUGGUGUGCGCGGCCAGUGCCCCCCUAGCAGCCACACGCGCUGCCAGAAUCCACCAGCUACCCUGCCACAUCACAUUUUAUAUUGAAUCAUUACCGGUGGCUGCCAGCACCCUGUCGCUGGUGGCGAUCGCAGUGGACCGGUGUGGUGCGGUGCGGCGUGGGCGCGGCACCUCGUGGUGCGCCCGGCCUCCCAUCGCCGUGCUCGCUGUGUGGGCCAGUGCUUUUCUAUUAGGUGCAGCAGCAGUCGUGACAACAUGCGUGUCAUGUCCACCGCUUGCAGCGGCGCACGCUUUGCUCACAUACUGUGUACCAGUAGCGGUAGUGACUCGCUGUCAUUGGACGGUACGGGUGAAGCUCACAGCGCUGUCGCUGACAGCGCGAGCUGCACACGGCGAGCUGCCUCUACCCGUGCCGCUGAUGCGCCGCCCCACGCACGUCAUCAUCGUCGCCGGCGUAGGACCACGUGAGCGACGUGACGCCGUCGACGUAGGCGACGCGCGAGCUAAGAAGAAACUCCAACCCAGCCUCCUUGGUCCUCAACCUCAGACGUCAACGCUCCGCUCGCGACGCCGCCUCGGCAACGUCCUCAUAGGCAUCGCUGCCGUUUUCGCCGUGUGCUGGUGUCCCCACGCGGCUUUAGUUAUAUCGAGAGCUUUCGGGUUGGACGCUCCGUUGGUGUUAGUGCAGUACACGUUGCUGUUAGGCUACGCGCACUCCGCCUUGAACGCAGUGGCAUACUGGGUGUUGAAUCGGCACGCGUUGACGUCGGCGUGUGCCGCGUGGCGUUUACCUCAGCUAAGAGUGCGAGAGGAGCGACCCUCGUCCACCAACGAGGCGGCACUCGGAGCCUUCCACCCGCGACUUGCGCGCCCCGCGCCCUCCCCGCGUCCGCCCCCCUCCAGCUUCCUCUAUUGAUGUCCGUCUAUCUUAUCUAAGCUCUGUCAAUCUGUGAUUCCUGUCUCUCAGUGCCUCGUAUAGUCUACGGGCGCCUCUGAGGGUUUACUCUGAACGACUGUAACCAAAAGUUCUAAUAAUUUCGAAUAUUUUAUUGAAUAUAAUUUAACUUAUAUUAUAUUUUCUAAACAGAAGCCAUAGUUUCUCAUAUUGGACAUAAAUGCUAAGCAAUCAUAGUCAAAGUGCUUCGAAAUUAUCUGAAACCUUGAUUUAGGACGUUCAGAGUUCCCCUGGCUCGGAGUGCGCCGCUCGUUUCGUCGUUAUUAAUCGUGGUUGUUUGAGAUUUUAUGGAGAAUAAUAUCCGUGAAGCAAUAAAGUGUAUGAAACAC